AGCAGUUCACCUGUGGGCAGCGCGGCGGCAGGUGAGUCCCACGCCUUCCCACGCCUUCCCACGCCUACCCAUGAAGGCGUGGGCGCGUCUCCUCGGGGGGGUAGGCGGCGUGGUGACCCGUGUCCUAUACUCGACCCCCGAAGACCCCGGGCCACACUUCGAACCCCCGACACCCCAAUUAUCAGCCGCUUCAGCCCCCCAGGUCCAAAAGGGGGGGGAAGGGGCAGGGGUUGAAGGGGGGAAGUCCAGCCGUAGAAGGGGGAGGGGGAGGAGUAAGGGGAAGGACCCACCCAUAGUGCCCCCUCCCCCAAUUCCACCCCCUACCCAGCCCCCCAUACCCACAGGGGAGAAUGACCCCCAAUCGGUUAGUUCCAGGAAGGGGAGGAGGAGGAGGGGGAAGAGGAGGAAGGGAGCGGCACCCCCUCCUCCUUCUUCCCCCGCCCCCCCUCCUCCUUCCCAUUCCCCCAUAUCACCCUUAUUACAAGAAGUGGAAGAGGAGGAAGAGGUGGAAGAGGGAGUCGAAGAGGAGGAGGAGGUGUUGUCAGGGGAAGAAGAGGAAGAAGUGGAGAGUUUUGUAAGAAGAGAAGAGAAAGUGGAAGAGAGAAAUAGUUUAAGAGGAAAAGAGGAAAAAGUGGAGGAGGAAGAGUGCGUGAGAGGAGAAAAGAAAGAAGAGAAAACAGUGGAAGAGAAAGGGAAUAAAAGAGAAGAAACUGAAGUGGAAGAAGAGAAACAGGUGGAAGAGAGAGAAAGUAUAAGAGAAAAAGAGAGAGAAGUGGAGGAGGAAGAGAAAGAAGAGAAAACAGUGGAAGAGAAAGGGAAUAAAAGAGAAGAAACAAAAGUGGAAGAAGAGAAACAGGUGGAAGAGAGAGAAAGUAUAAGAGAAAAAGAGAGAGAAGUGGAGGAGGAAGAGAAAGAAGAGAAAACAAUAGAAGAGAAAGGCAAAACAAGAGAAGAAACUGAAGUGGAAGAAGAGAAACAGGUGGAAGAGAGAGAAAGUAUAAGAGAAAAAGAGAGAGAAGUGGAGGAGGAAGAGAAAGAAGAGAAAACAAUAGAAGAGAAAAACAAUAAAAGAGAAAAAACAGAAGUGGAAGAAGAGAAACAGGUGGAAGAGAGAGAAAGUAUAAGAGAAAAAGAGAGAGAAGUGGAGGAGGAAGAGAAAGAAGAGACGGCAGUGAAAGAAGAGAAAACAGUAGAAGAGAAAGAGAAUAAAAGAGAAGAAAUUAAAGUGGAAGAAGAGAAACAGGUGGAAGAGAGAGAAAGUAUAAGAGAAAAAGAGAGAGAAGUGGAGGAGGAAGAGAAAACAAUAGAAGAGAAAGACAAUAAAAGAGAAAAAACAGAAGAAGAGAAACAGGUGGAAGAGAGGGAAAGUAUAAGAGAAAAAGAGAGAGAAAUGGAGGAGGAAGAGAUUGCAGUGAAAGAAAAGAAAACAAUAGAAGAAAACAGCAAUAAAAGAGAAGAAAAUGAAGAGGAAGAAGAGAAGCGGUCCCAGAGAGGAGAGGAGGAGAAGGAGCCAAUAAACAGUGACUUUGAGAUAAUAGAAAACGGGGAAACUUUAGAAACCAGUGAAUUUGAAACCAUAGAAAACGAGGAGAACGUAAACUCAGAUAAUCAAGAAACCAGAGACAUUGAGACGAUUGAAAACAAAAAUUCGAAGAUGUUAGAAAACGGGGAAACUUUAGAAACCAGUGACUUUGAAACCAUAGAAAACGAGGAGAACGUAAACUCUGAUAAUCAAGAAACCAGAGACAUUGAGAUGAUUGAAAACAAAAAUUCGAAAACGGUAGAAAACGAUGCCUUAGAAACCGUAGAAACCAGUGACUUUGAAACCAUAGAAAACGAGGAGAACGUAAACUCUGAUAAUCAAGAAACCAGAGACAUUGAGAUGAUUGAAAACAAAAAUUCGAAAACGGUAGAAAACGAUGCCUUAGAAACCGUAGAAACCAGUGACUUUGAAACCAUAGAAAACGAGGAGAAUGUAAACUCUGAUAAUCAAGAAACCAAAGACAUUGAGACGGUAGAAAACAAAAAUUCGAAGAUGGUAGAAAACGAUGACUUAGAAACCGUUGAAACCAGUGACUUUGAAACCAGAGAAAACGAAGAAAACAGAGACUUUGAAACUGUUAAAACCAGUGAUAUUAAAACAGUAGAAAACAAAAAUUUAAAACUGGUAGAAAACAGAGACUUGAAACCCGUUGAAACAGAAGGAAACAGUGAUCUUGAAACCGUAACAACCAGUGAUAUUAAAACAGUAGAAAACAAAAACUUAAAACCAAUAGAAAACAGAGACUUGAAACCCGUUGAAACAGAAGAAAACAGUGACUUUGAAACCAUAGAAAACGAAGAAUACAGAAGCUUUGAAACUGUAAAAACCAGUGAUAUUAAAACAGUAGAAAACAAAAACUUAAAACCAAUAGAAAACAGAGACUUGAAACCCGUUGAAACAGAAGGAAACAGUGACUUUGAAACCAUAGAAAACGAAGAAAACAGAGGCUUUGAAACUGUAAAAACCAGUGAUAUGAAAACAGUAGAAAACAAAAACUUAAAACCAAUAGAAAACAGAGACAUGAAACCCGUUGAAACAGAAGAAAACAGUGGUCUUGAAACAGUAGGAACCAGUGAUAUUAAAACAGUAGAAAACAAAAACUUGAAACUGGUAGAAAACAAAGACUUAAAACCCGUUGAAACAGAAGAAAACAGUGAUCUUGAAACCGUUGAAACCAGUGACUUGGAAACCGCAGAGAACAGUGAAGCCCACGUCGCCGCUGACUGGCUGGACGAGGAUGACGAUGACGCAACAGUUUGUUUUGACGAUGACGCAAUGGAGGAGGCGAGUCUGGGAUUUUCGGAGAGUUCAUACGUUUUUGAAAGUCCACAAUUGCAAAGUCCAAAUUUUCUAACCAGUGGAUAUGCUUCUGAAACCCCAAAUUUUCAAAGUCCAGACGCUUCGACAAGUCCAAAUUUUCUGACAAGUCCAAGUGUUUCUGAGAGUCCGAAUUUUCAAGAGGCAGAAUUUUCUGAAACUCCAAAUUUUCACGAGACAAAAUUUUCUGAAAGCUCAAAUUUUACAAGCCUGAAUUUUCAAGGUCCAAAUGUUUCUCAAAGUCCGAAUUUCACGAACGAUUCAAAUUUUCAAUCUCCAAAUGCUUCUGAAAGUCCGAAUUCUCCAACAAGUUCCGAUUUUCCGUCAAGUUCAAAAAUUUCUGAAAGCCUAAAUCUUCCAAGUCCAAAAAUCCAAAGUUCGAAGUCUCCAACGAAUCCAAGUUUUCCAAGUCCAAAUUUUCCGAACAAUUCAAAUUUUCAGAGUUCAAAUUUUCCAAAAAGUUCAAAUAUUUCUGAACAUUCAAAUGCAUCACAAAGUCAACAAAGAUUAAGUCCAGAAGGAAGAGAACAGGACAGGAAAUUUGAUAAAGAGGAAGAAGAAGAAACGAAGAAAGGAAAGGACAGGGAAGAAGAUGAGGAAGAAGAAAAACCGAAGAAAAGAAAGGAGGAAAAAGAAGAAGAGAGAAAGAAGACAAGAAGAGGAGAAAUGGAAAUAGAAGAACCAAAAACAAGAGAAGAAAAAGAGGAAAGAGUGAAAAUACAAAACAAAGAGGAAGAAGAGCUGAAGAAAAGAGGAGAAUAUAAUGAAGAGGAAGAGGAAGAGGAGGAAAUAAUCAACAAACUGUACGAGGAAAUAGACAAAAUGGAGGAGGAAAGAGAGGAGAUAGAGAGGAGAAAGGAGGGAGAUGAAGAAAACGAAGAGGAGAGAAGGAGACAAAAGAAGGAGAAGAAAGAAAUGAAGAGGAGAAGAAGACAAGAAAGAGAGGAGAUGAGGAGGAAGGAGGAGGAGGAGGAGGAGGAGAAGAGAGAUAAAGAAGAAGAAGAAGAAGAGAAAAAGGAAGAAACUAAGGAAUUGAAACUUGAAGAAAAAGGAGAAAGACGAAGAAGAAGAAGAGAAGAAGAAGAAGAAGAAGAAGAAAAUAAAACAGACGAAACAAAGAACAAAAAAACACGAGAAAUAAAACACUUGCUAAAACAACAACAACAACAACUCUUACCUACUACUACUAAUACUACUAAUACUACCACUACUACUACUACCACUACUACUACUACUACUACUACUACUACUACUUCUACUUCUACUACUUCUAUUCUAACACUCUCUCUCACUUCUACAGGAGGAGAAGGAAGAGGUGACAGGGAGGAGGAGGAGGAGGAGGAAGAAGAAGAAGAAGAAGAGGAAGAGGUGAAAAGGAAGACAAAGAAACAAGAGGAAGAGAAAAGAAGAAGAACAAGAAAAAGAGAGAAUAAGGAAGAGAAGAGGAAGGAAAAAGAGGAAGAGGAAGAAACAAAGAGGAAAAAAGAGGGAAAUCAAGAGGAAGAAACCGGAAGAGAAAUGGAGAGAGAAAACCAACAUCAAGAGGAGGAGGAGGAGGAGAGAAGAAGAGAGAGGAGGAGGAGAAGGAGAAGAGAACAAGAGGAGAAAGAGGAAGAGGAAAUCACCCACCUCUUGGCAGGACAUCACGAUCUUAACUUCCUCUUGAGAUUCGAGGAGAUUAUAGCAGAGAGGAGGAAGAGGAGAGAGAGGAGGAGGAGGAGAGAAAGCCUGGACCCUUCCCCUCCUCCUCCUCCUCCUCCUCCUCCUCUUGAAACUAAAGAGGAGGGAGGGGAAGAAGAGGAAAGAUUUCGAAAAAGAAGACGCAGAAAAGAGGAAGAAAAGGAGGAAGAGGAAGAAAAGGAAGAUAAGAGCAGAACAAGAAGACGAAGAGGAGAAGAAGAUAACAAAGAGGAAGAAGAGGAAAGAGAGAGAAUAAGGAGACGAAGAAGACAAGAGGAAGAGGAGACAACACUUGACCCUGAAAUAGAGGAGAUCUUCGAGAGGAGGAGACAGAGGAGGAGCAGGAGGCUGGAGGAGGAGAAGAGGAGGAGGAAAGAGGAGGAAGAGGAGAGAAAGAGGAAAGAGGAUAAGAGAAGAGCCCUAAUACCUCUUGAUGGGUUUGACUGUAAGAGUUGUGCGUUAAGGGCAAGAUUGAAACAAGCGAAUCAAGAGCAAGAGGAGGCCAAGAGAGGAGAUCAAGAGUACCUGAGAGCAAGAGGAAAGCAAUACCAAGAAGACCUCCUCCUCUUACACCACCACCACCACCACCAAGAGGAAGAGGAGCAUGUGGAUUUUGGUGACCCAACUAAUGAGCUCGGUCAGUAUAGCCAACGCACCUCUACCUACGCCGGCCUAAGUUCCCCCUCCUACACAAGUCGCUAUGGCAGUGCUUCGAAGGAUUCCACGACUCCUACCGUAUCCUACCGCUCGGCUGUCACCAGGGACCUCUCCGCCGCGCAGGACAGGCUCGCAGGAUACUCUAAGGGCUCUACAGGAUCGCAGGAUAGGCUUUCGACGGGAUAUGGCUCCAGUACAGGGGGAGGCUACAGCAGCAGAUAUGGAGACAAACUUUCCUCCGCUCCCUCCCCCGCCCCCUCCAAAGCCCCGUCCCCCGCCCCCCCAACCCGGGUCCGCUCCUCCCCCCUCACCUCCCCCACCACCCCCUCCCCCUCCCCCUACACUUCCCGCCUCUCCUCUACCCCCAUGGACCGCUCCGGGUACGGGUCCGAUGCGAAGUCCGGGUACGGGUCCGAUGUGAACCGGUCCGGAUACGGGUCUGGUUACGGGUCCGGGUACGGAUCGAGCCGGUACAGCAGUUACACCCGGUCCAAUAGUUACCUGAGGGACCGGGACGCAGCGACGGGGGGCGACGCUCCCUACAAGCCUGUGUACUCGAGGGAGAACAGUGACGCGGGGGGUGGCGGGUGGCGGAGCAGGGUGUACGGUACCCCCCGCCCCCCCUCACCCCCCACCCCCACCCCCCCCUCCACCAGUCUCCGGAACAAGGCACCUGCGGAUUUCAGCUCAGCGGCGGAGACUGAUGAUGACGAUGGUGGUGGGGGCGGUGGUAGGGUGCGCCGCCCCCUCACGAGUAAACCCCCAAUCACCUCCACCACCCCCACCACCUCCACUGCCCCCACCACCUCCACCACCACCACCACCCGCCCCCUCCGGUACCUCUCCGCCGUGCCCGCCCUGCCCGCCAAGCCCGCCACGUCCCCCGCCUCAGGGCUCGCCGCGCCCCCCACCUUCCGCCUGUCCUCGCGCCUGUCCACGGCCUCCACGGAGCUGCACGCCCCCGCCGCCGCCGCCGCCUCCUCCAAGUGGCUCAGGGACAGGGACACCACCUCCACCUCCACGACCACCUCCACCACGACCACCACCACCCCCACCACCCCUACUAGUCCCUCCAGCCCCAGCCUCACCCCCGCCAAGCCCCCCACCAGCCGCAGCAGGAGCCCCGCCGCCAGCCCCACCGUCACCGCCUCCCUGGCCCGCAGCCCCGUCACCAGCCCCGCCCCCGCCCCCGCCCCCGCCGCGGCGCCCCCCGGCGUGGGCAACAAGGAGUGCCGCAAGUCGGUGCUCAACAUGAACCUGGCGGCGGCCGACACGGAGGCCAUGCGACGCCAGCAGGAGGAGAAGCGGGAGGCGCUGCGGCGGCUGCGGCGGCAGCGCGGCGCCGAGGACGACGGGCGGGGCGCGGCGACCCCCCUGGCCCGGUCAGGUCCCGCGGGGGACGCCAGCACCACCACCACCACCACCGUAGUACUGCCCGCCGCGGGGAAGCUGGCGGAGGAGUCCAGCGAGGAGAGCAGCGACGACUCCAGCGACGACUCCAGCACGGAGGACGAGGACCAGGAGGAGAAGGAGAGGAAGGAGAAGGAGGAGAAGGAGAGGGAGGAGAAGGAGAGGGAGAGGGAGAGAGAACGAGUGCGGGUAAAAGAGGAGAAAGAGAGACAAGAGAGGGAGGAGAAAGAGAGACAAGAGAGGGAGGAAAAAGAGAGAAAAGAGAGGGAGGAAAAAGAGAGAAAAGAGAGGGAGGAGAAAGAAAGACAAGAGAAGGAGGAGAAGGAGAGGGAGAGAGAGAGGGAGAGGAAAGAGCGGCUAGAGGAGCGGCCCCCGGUGCCCCCCGCGGUGGAGCGCGCGUCCUCCAAGGGCAAGGUGAUGGUGGAGCGGAAACAUUCCCAGGGCAAGGGCGACGCGCUGCGGCGGAGCGGGUCCCUGCGGCGGCAGCGGCAGGCCUCGCAGACCAGCCGCGCCAGCACCACGUCCUCGUCCUCGUCUUCGUCGGAGAGCGAGGAGGUGCCGCUGGUGACGGUGGUGCUGCGGCCCCGGCGGCGGCGCGGCUCCAGUUCCAGGGAGGAGGCCGGCGAGCGCGCUUCGCCGCGCGUGUCGCCGCGGGCCUCGCCGCGCGUGCAGCGGGGCUCCUCGGGGGAGGCGGUGGAGGGCUCCCCGCGCCGCGUGCGGCAGUCCUCGUCAGGGGCGGGCCGCUCGCCCUCACACAGCGCCUCGCGCGGCAGCGUGGCGGAGGGCGUGGCCGCCUCGCGCAGCGGCUCCCGCAGCAGCCUGCUGGGCCGCCGCCUCGCGCUGGGCCCGGACAUCGACAUCGGCGAGGGCCCCGCCAGGGAGCGCAGCCUGCCGGGCCGGGCGCGGCGCCGCGCGGCCUCCAGCUCCUCGUCCUCGUCGGACUCGUCGGACUCGUCCAGCGAGAGUGCCGGCGAGGAGGGGCAGUUCUUCUCCCUCACCAAGUCCCGCUCCCUCAGGCGGUCCCGCUCUAGCGUGGGCCAGGCCGCCCCCGCCCCGGCGCCGGCGCCGCCCCCCGAGUCGCCCCCUGCCCCGCCCGAGGAGCUGGGGGCACGCACCAGCCCCGACGGCCGCGAACACGAGUCCCGCCCCAGCUCCGAGGGCGCCGCCGAGCCCGCCUCCGAGCUGCAGGCCUUCGAGUGGCCCGCCGAGGGCUCCGCCUCCCGCACCGACCUGGCCAGCCUGUACAAGCGGCGCGACCCGUCCUCCGCCUCGCUGGUCUCCGCCGCCGCCGCCGCCGCCAGCCGCAGCAGCUCCCGGUCCGCCCUGGCCGCCGCCGCCAGCCGCAGCAGCUCCCGGUCCGCCCUGGCCGCCGCGCCCGCCAAGAGCGACUCGCUGGAUACCUUCGCGUGGCCCGAGGGCAGCCCGGAGCCGCCCCCGCGGCGCCAGCCCUCGACGGCGGCGGCCGGGGAGGAGGAGGAGGAGGAGGAAGAGGAGGAGGAGGAGGAGGAGGAGAAGAAGGAAGAGGAGAAGGAGAAAGAGACUGCCCAGGAGAAGCAGGAGGAGGAGGAGGAGGAGAAGACGAAGGAGGAGACGAAGGAGGAGGCGAAAGACGAGGAGAAGAAGGCGAGUGAGGCCGAGGAGGAGGAGGAGGAGGAGGAGCCGGCCAGCGACUUCGUGUGGCCGGACGGCAGCCCCGAGCUGCCGCGGCGCCGCGCGAUGCGCAACGCUUACGAGAGCGAGACGGAGCCGGAGCUGGCGUGGUCCGACGACAACACGACCACCGCCGCGGCCGCGUCCAUGCCGCGCGUGGCCGAGGAGACGGAGGAGGAGUACACCUUCGAGUGGCCCUCCAGCCCCGAGCUGUCCCGCCGCCGCCCCUGCGCCUACGGCUACUCCGACGCCUACGACACGCAGAACGACACGGAGGGCUACGAGUGGCCGUCCAGCCCCGAGAUGCCGCGCAUGAAGGACCCCAACUACGUGAGCUUCGCCGAGGACAUCGACGCGCUGCUCAGCCUCGACGUGCGCGACGACUUCGACGAGAUGGAGAAGCUGCUGGGCUACACCCCCCCGCCCGGGGCCCCCGAGGCAGCCCAGGGGGAGGAGCCCACGGUGGAGGCGCCAGGGGAGGAGGUGGAGGGGAAGAAGGAGUCCCUGAGGCAGCGCGCGAGGCAGAACCUGUCCGUGUUCAUAGGUAAACUGACCAAUAUAGAUGACAUUUUGGGCUCCGUUUUGCGACCCCUGACCUCCCGCGCCACCGCCACCACUUCCACCACUUCCACCACCGCCUCCACCACCUCCACCCCCACCUCGCCUAACGAUGACGGUUUAACUAAGGGUAAAGGAGCCAAGCACGCCCUCUCCCCCCCUCCCCACCACCCCCGCCCCCCUCACCACCACCACCACCACCACCCUCACCACCACCACCACAACCCUCUCGUCAAAGCCAAGAGUAAAAAAGGGUGCCUGGAGGAGGUGCUAGCGACGCAGGUGAGAGUACACGACGCGCAGGCCAACCGAGCCCUCAUUGACGACAACUUGGAGGAGUAUGACGCUUCUGCAGUAGUGGUCAGGAAGAAGGAAAAGAGAGAAGCGCUCAGAGCAGAGAUCAUCCGAGCAGUGAAGGCUGGGCUCGAUGACGCGACGCUGCAGGUGUAUCGUGAUGGGGACUACGGAACAUACUUGGACCUGGAGGCCUCGCUGGCGGAACAGGCGGAGGAUAUUGACGGGCUGACGGAUAGCAAGAAGAACGCGAUAAUCCUACGAACACAACUCUCUGUCCGGGUCCACGCCAUUAUAGAGAAGCUCCUGAACAGCGAGGGUCGAGAGCUGCGUCGCGCCCUGUUCUCGCUCAAGCAGAUCUUCCAGGAUGACAAGGACCUGGUUCACGCCUUUGUCCAGAAUGACGGCCUUACCUGUCUCAUCAAGGUGGGCUCCUCCGCCGACCAGAACUACCAGAACUACAUCCUCAGAGCGCUGGGCCAGGUGAUGCUGUACGUGGAUGGCAUGAACGGGGUGAUGGAGCAUAGGCCUACAGUGCAAUGGCUUUACUCCCUGGCGGCCUCCAAGUACCGGCUGGUGGUCAAGACGGCUCUCAAGCUCCUCCUGGUCUUCGUCGAGUACACGGAGAGCAACGCGAUGGUGCUGGUGGACGCAAUUAACACCGUGGACGCCUCGAAGGGGGAGUCACCAUGGUCCACUCUGAUGAGGCUGCUGGAGGGGCGGGACAGCCUGGACAUGGAGCUGCUGACCUACGCCAUGACCCUCAUCAACAAGACCCUCAACGGCAUACCUGAUCAGGACACGUACUAUGAUCAGACCGACUACCUGGAGGAGCAGGGAAUGGAGACACUGAUUGCUAAGUACAUGCAUAGGGCAGAUAGCGACCUUGACCUCCUCCAGCAGUUCACCAUCUACGAGGCGGUGCUGGCGUACGAGGAUGGCGAUGACGUGUGCAGAACGCGUACCAUUGACCCCACGAUAAGGCAAGUUCCGCGGACAACCUCCAGCGACCGAGACUCCCUUGACCGCCGUAAAUCCAAGAGACAUCACCAGACGCCCUCGCCCACCAAGGCCCGGAAGGGUGUGGGGGUGAACCUGGAGGAGGGUACAGGCCGGCGUUCCAGCAGCGACGAGGACCAUGUAACUGUCAUCAACAUCAACGGAGCGGACCCCUACGGCAUACCCCAGGACGACCUCGGGGGCGUCAAACAUGCCGAUGCAGGGGUCACGCCGGCCCUCAGGAGACGGCGGGAGCGAGCCGAGCGACACCGUACCUUCAUCAACGAACAGGAGACGAUAAAUGAGACGAGACGGAGCUCCCAGUCAGACGGCAAUGUGGAGGACGAAAACAGGAAAAACACCGAGCUCUCCGGCCUCAACAAGCAAGCGUCGUGGAUGAUGGACAUGAUGUACGGGAAGAGGGACGAGUCAUCCGGCCGAAGGGACUCACUCACCAACAUCCAGGACCUUGCCUCGCGGAUAUCCAGCCUGCAGGAGAAGGAGGGGCUGGAGAACGGAGGUGGAGGAGGAGGAGGUGGAGGUGUUAGCAGUGGUGGGAGGGCGCCGGUGGAGGUGAAUGCUCAGGCCUCGGUUAAGGAGCUGCAGAGCAAGAUGGCGGCUGUGGGGUCGGGGGCGGGCGGCGAGGCUACGACAGGCACAGGCGGGGCGAGAAAGGGCGGCAGCAGCGGCGACCUGAGCGACAGAAUCAAGAAAAUCAACGACGGGCUGGCGAAAUCUCUCUCUAAGGGGGAGGUGCCGAAGGAGACUCAGCCGGAACCACCCAAAAAAUCCGAGAAUGACAUCCAAUGGGAGCUGUUGAUCAAGCACCUGAACCGACCUUUGACCUUAUGCGACCUUGACUUCAACGACCUGACCCCAGAGGACGACCACCUGGUGCCUGUUAAGCGGGUCGAAGGGGUCCCACCACCUCCACCACCCCCGCCAAUGUCAUGUGUUGGCGGCCCCCCUCCCCCGCCCCCGCCGUUUAUGGUGCCGCCCCCGCCCCCUUGUAUGCCCCCCGCCCCUCCUGCACCCCCCGCCCCCCGCCCACCGUCGCGAGCGGACACACCAGGGACGCUGAACGGACAGGACACGGAUGAUAGCUCGAAACACCACAAGACCAAGAAAACCAUUAAGCUGUUUUGGAAGGAGGUUCGGGAAGACCCUCGGUUCAGCAUAUCAACGGUGUGGUCCGCCGUCGAUCGCGUUCCGCUGGACACACAGAAACUGGAGCACCUGUUUGAGUCUCGCGCCAAGGACAUCAUCACCAAGGAGAAGCAACAAGAGCAGAAGGGCAUCAAGGAGCUCAUCGUCCUGGACCCCAAGCGAUCCAACGUCAUCAACAUCGGCAUGACCAAACUCCCUCCGCCUCGCACCAUCAAAACCGCGAUCCUCAAAAUGGACUCGUCAAUCAUCAACCGCGAGGGAAUUGAGAAACUCCUCACAACAAUGCUUCCAACGGCCGAGGAGAAGCACAGAAUCCAGGAAGCCGCGAUCAGCAACCCUGAGCUUCCAUUGGGAUCGGCCGAGCAGUUCCUUAUGAUGCUGGCUUCAAUCUCCGAGCUCCCGGCGAGACUGAACCUCUGGCUGUUCAAACUGGACUAUGAGAACAUGGAGAAGGAGGUAGCCGACCCCCUGAUGGACCUGAAGCAAGGCGUUGAGGAUCUGCAGAAGAACAAGACUUUCAAGGUCAUCCUCUCGGUCCUUCUCUCCAUCGGCAACUUCCUGAAUGGCUCCGAGUCCCGAGGCUUCCAGAUUGAGUACUUGUCCAAGGUGCCGGAGGUGAAGGACACAGUGCACAAACACUCCCUGCUACACCACCUCUGCCACAUGGUGAUCGAGAAGUUCCCCGACACCACCGAUCUCUACUCUGAGAUCGGCUCCAUCACACGGGCCUCCAAGGUGGACUUUGAGGAGCUGGAGAACAACAUUUCGAAGAUGGAGGUGGACUGCAAAUCCUCCUGGGACCACCUCAAGGCCAUCGCCAAGCACGACGGACCGACGCAGAUCAAGCUGAAAAUGUCGGAGUUCCUCGCAGACUGUGCCGAGAGAAUCAUUGUCCUGGGUAUCAUCUACAAGAGAGUCAUGACCAGGUUCCACAGGUUCCUCCUCUGGCUGGGCACACCUCUGCUAAUGACACAUGAGAUCAAGGUCCAGCAGGUGUGUUCCGUGGUCAGCGAGUUCGCCCUGGAGUACCGUACGUGUCGGGAGCGAGUCUUGCAGCAGAUUCAGAAGAAGGCGGCGCACAGGGAGAGGAACAAGACGAGAGGGAAGAUGAUCUCAGAGGAGAGCGAGUACCGCGCUAAUGGAAUUCUCAGACCUUGCCUCAAGAACCGCUCGAUGGAGAAGUUUAAGCGCUCCAAGCAGACCAAGGAGGAGAAGGCUGACUCUGACCUGCGGCAACUCCUCAACUACUCCGACGUCUCCGACACCGACACCAUCCGAGGCAAGAACACCUGGAGGAGGACGCGGGAAGGCAAGGCGCGUAGCCGGGGCGAGGAGAGCAUGGUGGAGGUGAUGGAGGGGGAGGACGCGUUGCUGGACUCCCUCGUCAAGACCGCCACACAGGGACCCUCCGCGCGGACCACCCCGAGGGAACGCAAGAGAUCCAGGCACGCUGAUCGCAAGUCAUUCCCAGCUGCCAUCGGGCCUAGGAGAUCAAGGUCGCGGAAAGGUGUGCCUGACCUGUCUCAUCUGGAGGCCUUGGUGGUGCGGGAAUGAGAACAACAACACCACCACCACCACCACUGAUGUCGACGGCUGCACCACCACCACCACCACCACCACCACUACUAUCAAGACUACCACCACCACCACCACCAUCGUCGCCUGCUGCACACACACACUAUGCGGCGGACUCUGAAAAACGGACUAACGGAGGAGGAGAAGCGACUGCUAGCCAUGAUUGCUGCACAGACACGCUGAGACGCCCUCCACCACCACCACCUCCACCUCCCCCACCACCUCCACCCUCAUACACAAGAAGAGGAAGAGGGAGAGAAAGAGGAGAAGAAAACAACACUGCCUGGAAGAGGAGAGGAAGAUAGGGGAAGAGGAAGAGGAAGAGGAAGAGAAAAAUUAAACAGCAUAUCUACCAUAGGAACAAGAAGGAGGAAGAGAGGGAAGAAGGAGAAGAGGAGGAAAUCUAUAAAGAGGAAGAGGAAGAGGAAGAGGAAAACAGUGAUAGCUUGUGUUGUGACGAUGGUGAAGGAGGAGGAGGUGGUGGAAGAGGAGGAGGAAGAGGAGGAAGAGGAGGAGGAGGAGAGAGGAAGCAUAAUCUACUCUAGUCAGAUGAAGAAGAAAGAUAUAGAGAAAGAGAGGAAGAGAGAGAGAUAAAGAAAAAAAAAAAAAAAACUCCGUUAAUCCUAAUCUCAGAGGUCCAGAAAUCACAGACAGACAAAUAGACAGACAGACAGACAGACAGAAAGACAGGCUAACUACAACCUAAGAAAUAUGGUUGUCAGUGGUGGUGGUGUGUGUGUGUGUGUGUGUGUGUGUGUGUGUGUGUGUGUGUGUGUUGCUAGUCUGCCUCUGUCCUGGCAUUCACGGUCUUGUGAGUCUGUUACCAAGGACAGGAGGAAAGCCGUCAGUCAGUCAGUCAGUCAGUCGAUCAGUCAGUCAGUCAGUCAGUCAGUCAGUCAGUCAGUCAGUCAGUCGAUCAGUCAGUCAGUCAGUCAGUCAGUCGAUCAGUCAGUCAGUCAGUCGAUCAGUCAGUCAGUCAGUCAGCCAAGUGGAGUAAUGACACAAAUACUACUGACUUAUAGCAAUGCCUCAGUCAGUCAGCCAGUCAGUCAGUCAGUCAGUCAGUCAGUCAGCCAGUCAGCAAGGUGAAGCAAAAAAACAUAUUAACUGAUUUUUAGACAUGGCAAGCUAGCAAUAUCUCAGCCGUUCAGUCAGUCAGUCAGUCAGUCAGUCAGCAAGUCAGUUAGCACUAUAAAAAUAUAACCCAAGUGCUGACCAAAUGGUGACUUAACUCCUAUGCUGACACUCACAAACCACUCAGCACCGGGCAGCAUCACACACUACACAACUCAGCACUCCGACCACAGACCCACAAGUGCCGAGUGCUGACCCAUAGUGCUGUUGCUGAUGAUGAGAGCGAAGAAUAGAGAAUCAGCACCCAAGCCUUCUAAUACGGCUGACGUCAGGUGCUGAAGUGCUGAUCAUAACACAUAUACUCAGCACCAGGUGGAGUCUAAUCAGCACCAGGUAACAAGAUGCCUUAACGAGCCUUCCAAAACCAGGUAGAAGCACUAAUUAACCAGGGGUACAGGUGUGUGACAGGUAUAGCCCCCUUGCUCACCUGUAAUUGCUUCCUCUACCUGUAUUUACCUGCUCAAGUAGAUGACAGAUGGUGUAGUGUUGGGGUCUAGACUCGUAUAUGCAACACAAGAUGCCUCACGUAACACUAGGAUUGAAACGCAACACAAAAUACCGAUUCCACAGGUUUUUAUGCAACACGGAACACUCACGCAACACUACGGUCGAUAUUAGACAUAUACGCAACACAAGAUGUCUCGCGUAACACUAGGGUUGAAACGUAACACAAAAUACUGAUUCCACAGGUUUAUAUUGCAACACAGAACACUCAUGCAACACUACAGUCGAUAUUAGAUGUCUCGCGUAACACUAGGAUUGAAGCGGAACACAAAAUACCGAUUCCACAGGUUUUUAUUGCAACACGGAACACUCACACGCAACACUACAGUCGACGUUAGUGCCUGGAUUAUUGUUGCGCAUGUGGAAUCAUGUAACACAAGAUGCCAUCACGGAACACUAGAAUGGGAUAUGGAACACUAGGGAUUGGUAUUUGUGUCAUAUAUCAAUGCAACACUUGGGAACACAUAAUAGGCGACACUUGUAACACUAAACACAAAAGAAACAGACCUAACGCAACACAAAUUUGAUGUAACACAAACUACAAAACACACACAAACACACAUGCACACACAAAAUUUGUAACACACACACUCACACACAAAAAAAAUACACAAAAAAAAUACAUAUCCCUACACAAUACAAAUUUGAUGUAACACAAACUACGAAACACACACUCAAACACACAUAAUUCGUAACACACACACACACACACAUACAAGAAAAAAAAAAUACAUAUCCCUACACAACACAAAUUUGAUGAAACACAAAACCCGCAACACAUAACAUCACCCAAAACUCAUACCACACACACACACACACACACACACACACACACACACACACACACACACACACAACACAAGACUUCCCAACCAACGCAACUCAACCCAGACGCAGCUCAACACAAGCCCAGCAACACACCCACAGACUGACAUUAAGCCCCCAAGCCUGCGAUCUCAGCCUGUGCGUGGAAAACCUGUAAUAUUUUAUACGCCUCUCGACAUUUCCAAAUAUUACGACAUUUUUUUUUUCCCGUACGAGAGAGAAAAUAUUUAAUGUGAUGUUUAACCCGAUUUUUUCUUCCCUGUGUAUGUGUGUUUUUCUAUAUCUCUGCUUUUUUCUUUCUUUUCUUUGUUUUCUUUUCUUUAUUCUUCUUUUUCCGUCUUUAUCAAUCUUUCUAUCUUCCUCCUCUUUUGUCUUUUUCUUUGUCCUUUCUAUUUCUAUUCUUGUUUUUGUGUUUUCCUUCCCUCAUUCCUUUCCCUUCCUCUUCUUUUCCAUUUUCCUCUUUCCCUUCUAUUUCUUUCUCCACUCUUUCUCUUCCAUAUCUUCCUUUCCUUCCUCUCCUUUCUCUUUUCCCUUCCUUUCUUCCCCUUUCAUUUCCUUGCCUCAUUCCUUUCCCUUCUCUUCUUUUCCAUUUCUUUCUUUCCCUUUCAUUUCUUUCUCUCCCACAUCUUCCUUUCAUUCCUUUCCUUUCUCUUUUCCCUUCCUUUCUUCCCCUUUCAUUUCUUUCCCUCCCAUUCCUUUCUUCUUCCAUUUCUUUCCCUUCCCUUCCCUUCCUUCCCUUUGCUCAUGCCCCAUAUAUAUAUAACAAGUCUUUAGGCCAAUGUUACAGUUUACGAGAGAAGAGACGAGAGAGUAUAUGGCUCACUGUAUCAUAUUAAGUUAGAAUAUAGGCGAUAAAAAAACAUGCUAGCUAAGAGGAUGCGAGUCUAUAAGCGAUGUGAUUGGAUGUUAUUCCCGUGGCCUCCUCCAUAUCCUUUUUUGUCACACUUGAGGUUGGACAUUUUGAUACUCUGUGCUUUAUGGAUUUUUAAAUAUAAAAGGCUGUGUACCAUGAA